AGUCUGUCGUUUGAGUCGCGUCCGCGUGGUUGCUUGCGCCUGCGUUAAGCUCUAUCUGCGUUGUUCUUGAUCGUGGCAUUCUUCUUAUUAUCGCUUUGAGUGUGUGCUUUUAUGAGGAAGUUUCUUCCGGCGCCUUAACGACGUGGUGCUCUAUUAAGCUACGGCUAUACGGUUGUUCGCCGCUUGUUGUUUAUGAUACAACACCGAACACAAAGCGACAACAGCAAAAGUGAAACGUUUUGCGUACCUUGGUGUGGUCCACACGCGGUCGCUGCUAGUGCAUGAGGAAGAUAGCUGUACGGUGUCUAGUGUUAUCCGGUGGAGCCACAUCAGCGGACCCGGAAGUUUAAUGUAAACGUCACUACCAUUUCGUACGGUCCGCAUUAACGGAGCUGGCAAAAUUCGGCCCACACAGCUACCGUUACCACCUGUGAGCAUGAGCGUCGUGGCCGUCGUUGCGGUGGCCUAUCGAUACACUUGGAAUCGCGAGAUCGUGUUCAACUCCCAGAAGCUGGUGAAGAGACGACUGGUGGUGUGCCGCUGCCCCAUGCUUACUGCUGCUGCCGUCUGAAUCCUUUGUGCGUUAGAAACAGGGGCCAAUUAUCGAUAUUGAGGAUCCAGAUAGUCAACAUACGCGCAAAAAAUAUACUGUUAAUAAGAUAAAAGCUUGCUUGGGAAUACGGAAAUACCACAAAUACUUGACGCUCUCUUUGCAGUUCAUAUAGGGCAUUUAUUUUUAAGUUAGCGAGAUCAUUACGCAUUGGAUGAUCCCUGAUCUAUCUCUCCCUCCCUCCGGAACAGGGGCACAAGUAGAAGAAGAAAAAGAAGGAUACGAAAGGGGGUUGCAAAGCUCUUGCGCCGAAAGGACUUGCCAAAUCGUUUGCCAAAUUUUAUAAACGAACCACUCAUAUAUACUCAACGCUAAACGAGCAAGUGCAAUACGCCAGUUUGGUUCUCUUUUGGUACGCAAACAAUAUCUGUGAUCGAAAAUUGCUGUGUGUAUUUUUUUUGUUUUAUAAAUAAUUCUUUGAAUAGUUUGUUUGCUUGUUUUCUCUUGUUUAGCGUGCGAUAGCGGUCGAAUUAAAUUUAGUACAUUGUAAGUGUGUUGAAACAACGUAAAAACAAAUAUCUCGAUAAUUAAACACCGGGUAUUGAAUUCCCUUCAAGUGGGGGUAUAAACAGUCCCGAAACGGUCCUAAGUAAGGGUUUUGACGAACGGCUCCUUAAUUCUUAUUCUUGUACGCAUUAUUUUAAACUAGUGGAAAAGGAAGUGGUCAGUAAGCCAAACAAUUUCCCUUGUUGUUAGUCUCUUUCCGGGAAAUAGUUUUCCUGCAGUCCAUUGUGAAAUUUCGUUGUGCCCAUAUUUUUGAAUCCCAGGUGGAUAUAUUUUAGUCUUUGGUAGUAAUUUAGUAACUAGAAGUUACAUUUAACCGUGUACGUUACGGUUGUACGAGAUUUAUUUUAGGUAGUAGUAGCGUUACGCAUAAGCUGAUUUGUCGAUUGCCAUUGUUCUCUGAACUGCAACAAUAUUCAUUAUAAGUGGAGAGUGGACAGGAAACAAUCAAGCAAACAAUUAAAGCUCUUACAGCUCAUACUUUCAAGGAACCACUCGAGCCCAGGGUCUAGACAUCGGCAGACGAUCAACUGCCAAACGUCGACAAAAUCACCUUCACUCGUAUCAGGUGAAAGGAAACUUUAGGCAUUGUAGAACAUAGGUGUAACAAUUGCCAUUUAAAAAAAUCCCAGACAAGCUCUAAGAGUUAGGCAUACAGUCAAGUCAGCGGCAGCAGCAAAGCUUCAACAAAUCAACCACCAAGAAAUCUGUACCAGCAUUCGUCUUAACAAUGAAUGUCUACGAUCUACGCUACGAUGACAAGCUGAUAUCGUCGAACGAGUCCGUGCAGCAAACUAACUAUGGUUCGCUGUCGACGGGUGGGGAAGAUGAAUUUUACGACUUCCCGCAGCAACCGGAAGUAAAGCCCGGCUGUACUGUUGGACCCGAAGUGCUGAUGGAGUUCGAAUGUGUGUCCGGCAAUAUGGAGCUGAUGAACCAUCUGACGCCGCCUCAAACGCCGCCCCAAUCGUCGUCAUUUGGUGGUGUCGUUGGUUGCGUCCUUCCGAUUCCGACGCCGAUGAACACUGUGACGAUAUCGCAGCCGCAGGAACAUUUCCAACCGUUGUUUGCUCCCCAGUCCAAUGUGCAAGGAUUGCUGCAGCAGGAACCGCAGGUAUCCUUCCAGGGUAUUAACGACACCAACCUAAACGGUUACUAUAUCAUGGGUGAAUUCUCCACCGUGUCGUCACAAGCCGAAAAUGGCGGUGUGCAACAACAAGCCAUAACGAUGGAACCGAUGCAACAAGUACCCGCGGACAUUGAGACCACUCUGUUCAACUUUGGCGAAAACUACACACCACAGCAGAUGAGCGAGAUGGAAAAAAUCUUGCUUAGCUUGCAGCGCGAAACGUACCACGGUGGAGACGAUGACGAGUCGUGCGAUUUUUCCGAGGGCGGAUCCAGCGAGAAUGGUGGUUCGUUGUCGCCUGCGUGGUUGGCAUCGUCCGUGGUUGCGCAAUCGCCAGCUUACAGCGAUUCGGCAGAAUCUUCCGCUUACUACGGUGGUAACCGCAACGAUGCUGACGAUGAGGACUGGAGCCCAUUGAAGGUAAAGAAGUUGAACGGACGUAACGGCGGCACUGUUUCGAAGAAGCGUACCGGACCGAAUGGCACCAGCAGCAGUACUAGCUCCCGUGGCCGUGGCAUCGAGGAGAAAAAAUCGCGUAAAAAGGAACAGAAUAAGAAUGCUGCUACGCGCUAUCGCCAGAAGAAGAAGGCAGAGAUCGAAGAGAUUCUCAAUGUUGAGGAAAUUCUGCGCGAAAGGAACGACAAGCUGAAGAGCGAAUCGAAGGAACUCGGACGCGAUAUACGAUGCAUUAAGAAUUUGUUGCGCGAACUUCUAAAAUCUAAGAUCUAAAUUCGACGUCAUCUUUUGAAACAAAAUUACAAUUGUAUCUCUCUCUCUUACCGGUAAUAUUAUAAUUAACAGUAGAAAAGCAAUAUAACAUCUGGAUGAAACAUUCAGCAGAAUACAGUAGAGAAAAUUUGCGUAACAAACAACAGUUAAAAUACUUAUUACAUUCACGUACCUUCUAAUAGAGACAGUUUAGUAAUCGUCGUUAAUUCGUAUGUCCUGUCGAUCCCAAUCAUCCCAACUAUUUUUGUGCUGUUGAAUUUAUCACGAGUUUUACACCAUUGGUAGAAGGGACAGAUUAGGAUAAUUAGUUUUUAAAACAAUAUCAUAUCUUCAUUCCUUUCUCGACGGCAACAUCAACAAAAUCCUCAGCCUAUGCCUCUCCGUGCUGGAAAGAAGCGUGAGACUCAGUGUUAAAAGGAACUGUCGUGAGAAGUCGAAGAAUCUUAGUUGUAGGUAACGAACGGUAACGCUAGCAUUCAUUAGCCCGGCAGGUGAAUGGCGGUUGUUCUGUUUCAGGUGUGCCCACUACCAUCGCUGGGUGUAAUGUAAUGCAACCGUUUUGCUUUCGAUGUAGUUCUAUCGAUCGAUCAUUAUCAUUGCAGUUAAUCGUAGGAAAGUCGAGCGAAUGAUUAAACAGGUUCGGAAUAGCAUACCGUCGCUAGUGGACAUUGUUUUAGCCGUUAACAACACACACACCUUCGCGGUAACCAUUUGUCUUUUUGUUUUUAAAAACAAAUUUUAACCGUACUUCUUUGCCACUUGAAGAUACAGCGGGAACUGGCCAGUGGGUUUCUGUGUAUGACGUGCAGUGUAUCGCUGUGCUGAAGCUCUGCAGAACUAACUGUGGUUCUCGUUGUGUCUGCAUGUUGUGGCAUGAAAUCGUAUUGAAUUUUGGUUUUGCAUUUGUAAGUGAAAAAGAAACAUGCUGACAAAUUAAGAAAUAAAAAAACCCACUGUGUUAUUUCGGAUAAAAUCAAAACAAAAAGGCAAAAAUAUAACGUGAAAAGCAUCAACCUACAUUUCACACACCACUUUACAUACAUAGAUUGUAUUUUAUAUACUUUGUUUUAACUAUAAGGCACAAAUUUGGCAAGCUAAAUUCAAUACGAUGUGUAAACACAGAAAGGAAAAAUGAAGAUCACAGAAAAUAUAA